AUGGGAAACUGUUUGGCGAAUUCAGAUCAUGACAGAAAGAUUCAGAAAAGGAAGAAGCUACAAAACAAUACUUCUUCUACAGAUGGUGAUGAGAGAAGAGUUGGUGGAAAAAUUGUGACCCCGAAUAUGAAAAUGUUCACAUUAGAUGAGUUGAAAAGUGUGACCAGAAACUUCAGACCAGACACAGUGCUGGGUGAAGGUGGUUUUGGACGUGUUUUCAAAGGAUGGAUCGAUAAAAACACUUAUAAACCGUCUAAAGUAGGUGUUGGAAUUCCCGUCGCGGUUAAGAAAUCCAGCGCCGAUAGUGUCCAAGGCUUACAAGAAUGGCAGAGUGAAGUGAAGUUUUUGGGGAAAUUCUCGCAUCCAAAUCUUGUUAAACUACUUGGGUUUUGCUGGGAGGAAGAUCAGUUCCUGCUUGUGUAUGAAUACAUGCAAAAGGGCAGUUUGGAAGGUCACCUAUUCAAAAGUCCAGAACCACUUUCUUGGGAAAUAAGGAUGAAGAUAGCUAUAGGAGCUGCUAGAGGAUUGGAAUUUUUGCAUACUUCAGAUAAGUCUAUUAUUUAUAGAGACUUCAAAUCCUCCAACAUUUUGCUUGAUGGGGAUUUCAAUGCAAAGUUGUCUGACUUUGGGUUGGCAAAGCUUGGGCCAGUUAAUGGUAGGUCACAUGUGACCACCAGAAUCAUGGGGACCUAUGGUUAUACAGCACCGGAGUACAUGGCUACAGGUCAUCUUUAUGUGAAAAGCGAUGUGUAUGGAUUUGGUGUUGUUCUUCUAGAAAUGUUAACUGGCUUAAUAGCACUUGACACAGAUAGGCCAACAUAUGAGAUGAAUUUGGUGGAUUUCACAAAGGGAUAUCUACAUGACAAAAAGAAACUCAAGAAGAUAAUGGAUCAAAGAUUGGAUCAACAAUAUCCUCUAGCAGCAGCAUUUCUUAUAGCACAACUUAUACUCCAAUGUUUAGAAGCUGACCCUAAAAAUAGACCUUCUAUGGAGCAAGUAUUGCAAAUUUUAGAAAAGGCUCAAACUAUUAAAUUUAAGCCCAAAGUGAAAAAAUCGAGAAAUGCACAACAGAAAAAUAAGAGAUCAAAAGAACAUCUUACUAAUGACCGAUGUCUGACUUCUCACAAUAAUAGUAUAUCUGAAUCACAAAUUCAUUCUCUACAAUAG